AAAAGAGAGAGGGGGUUAAGGAACAGACUGCUCCGGAUACACAGACAGACAUUAAAAGGGUUGCCAUGCUUCACACAGAGAGAAUCACGAUGCUUCUGAGUGGCACCAGCCAGCUCUCCAGCUCCCAGUCCCGGGUCUGUCUCUCCACUGCCACCCUCCUGCGGCUCCUCACUCUGGUGCUGGGGGGCGAGACCGCCUGGAGAGACGAGGAGAGAGGCUUCCUCUGCAAUACCAGCGUGGUAGGCUGCCAAGCAGCCUGCUUCGACCAGCAUAGCCCCAUUGCUCCCUUCAACCUGUACUGCCUGCAGCUCAUCUUCCUGUUCACUCUCUCGCUGGCCGGUGCACGGCUCCACCAACCGGGUCCGCAAUAUCUCCAGGCCAGGCCCCACAUGCAUUUCCUCAGUCUCCUGGGCAAGGCUAUCAUCGAGGGCCUCUUCCUGCUCAUUGCCUAUCAGCUCUACAGCACCAGGCCCUCCGAGACAACCUGCAGCACCUCCCCCUGCCAGGGAUUAGUAACGUGCAAGGUGUUUGGCGCCACGGUGAGAGACGCCCUCUCUCUCCUGGUCUGUAGCUGUUCAGCAGUCAGUCUGCUGGUUUGUGUGUUCGAGGCUUAUCGGUCACUGACCUACUUUUCAGAGAAGCUUGUGGGGAAAGGAGCUACCAUCCCUUAGACUGAGAUCAACACGUUACUACUUCUGUUUUACACUUGGACUAGAUGGUGAGCUGCCCUAAAUAAAUGUUGCCUGGGGAAGCAGCGACAAUAAAUACACUCCCGACCUUGGAUUUAUUUAUUUGAACCAUUCCAAACUCCUUAAUUGAGGAGCAGUUAUUCUUCAACCUGUACCAACAAUACUAAACUAAGGGGAUAGCCACGAUAUUGUACUAAACAACCUGCAUGCAGGUGCCAAGUGCAAAACAUAUUUACAACUAGAUUUAAAAAUAAAUAAGAGGUUUAGGUUCAACUUAAACUCUCGAGGUAGUGAAUUUUGUAGUGGAGGUACAUAUUGGGGAAAACAAACAUGCUUUCAUUGGUCUAAACAUGCUGCUAUUUUGUAUUAGAUUUGAAUACAGUGUAUCGUAACCAACAAAAGGAGCACAUCAGGUUUAAGACACAAUUUUAAAAUGUAGGUUUUCAGAUCAAUUUUUUGAUAAUGGUUUUAAAACCUGGCUUUAUCCGCCACCACCACUGAUUAAAAAGCAUCUCCUAUAAAUCAAUAUAUUUCCAUGUAAUACUCUCAUUGGUUCCCUGAGACAAUACUGCCCAACUGUGAGAUUUGUAAUGCAUAGUACAGUGCAGUCACAAGCCAUUGACAUUAGAGAAGAAACUGACAGCUCAAUAAGAGGAUGUGUGUUAGGACACAACUACCAACAUCUAAAUGAAGCAAACGGGACAUCAAAAUGAAGGAUAAACUGUUGGAGUAAGCUGAUGAGAUGAGAUUGUGAAUACAAGUAGAAUCACACAUACCUGUUAGUCUCAUGUAUGCAGUAUUCUGCCUUGUUUUAUCCCAUUUGUUAAAUUAAAACGCAGUACAGAAAGCACAAACCUCGAACUGAAGAUGAACAUUUAUUCAAAAUCAAUCUGACACGAAUCGUUUCAAAGUGCACCAAACCAUGCAAGAAUCCCAAGAGCUUUUAUGCCAAAUCAACCUGACAUGAAAAGUUAAUCAGAUCCUCAAGUUUUUUUUUUUUUCUUUAAUCAAUGUUGUUAUAUUCAUGACAGAGAUAUACCUGCAUUACUCCUUUUUUCAAACAAUCAAUACAGUUCCCAGCUUUGUUGCAACAUAAAAUGAUUUUCAUGCGAGGCAGUUAGUGUUUGCUUUUUAUUGAAACUAAAGAGUUGACUUCACUGCGGAGGUGGCAUCCCGUGCGUACAUACAGCGUGUGCUUGUGAUUUUUUUUUAUUUUUUUAUUUGGGGUCCAGGUUCGUUAUAAUGAAGGGUGUUAUAGCGAGGGUGUGCUGUAUUUUACUUCUAUACGCGUACAUAUACACUGGAAAUUAAAAACGUUGUGCUACUUUAAACGUAUUCACCUAGCACCUGAAAGAGAGAAGAUACAAGAUCAUGGCACAUUUUGGUCAAUAAGUUUUACUCUUCAGUGAAAGCAGUUUACUUAAAACACUGCAUUUACCAGUUCACAUGACAGCACUCGCCAACAUUAACCUCAGAAUAUUUAUGCUGUUCUGCUAUCAUGUUAGUUUUGAAUAUCUUAUUAGGAUAAUACCAAUUAGCAGCAGAAAUACAUAAACAAGUUUCCUGCUUCUUCCUAGGCCAGGGUAGACUGAUCUUCUAUUGCAAGACUUCAACCAAAUCCUUCAUCAUUUCAUUGCACUCCAAGGAUGAAAAAUAAUGAAGGAACUGGGUUUCCUAACCCUGCCCCAGGGCACUGCUAGUAGUCAACGCCUACCCAAACCACCAAGCCAA